AUGGCGGCCAACGACUACUACGGCAACACCCAAGGGCAGUCGCAUGACAGGAACGACGGGCCUCUGCCGCCGAUACCCAGCAACCACACGCAACAUUCCAUCUCGCCCGUCAGCACGCCCUUUGGCGACCGGCCCUACCCAACCCAAACCGCAAGCAGCGGAGCCCUCGGCGGCUACCCCAUCGAUACAUCGUAUUCGAAUACCUCGUACCAACCCCCCACACAAUAUAGUUCGACGGCACACAUCAACGACCCGUACGCGCGGCAACCAGACCCGUUUGCCGACCAGAACGCAAUACCGCUUCAGAACCAACCGAAGAUGGAUGGCAGCAGUCCGACACGGUAUAAUGGUGACCCAGAGUACUAUGGUAUGGGCGUAGAACCACGGCGGAGAAAGAGCAAAAAGAAGAAAGGCAUGUUUAGUGGACGGGUGACGUGGGUUGUGUAUAUCCUUACAGCGGUGCAAGUUGGUGUAUUCGUGGGAGAGCUGAUCAAGAAUGGCAUGUUAACAGGCAGCCCCAUCCAAACGAAACCCAACUUCAACAUCAUGAUCGGCCCCUCGCCCUACGUCCUCAUCAACAUGGGCGCGCGCUUCACGCCCUGCAUGCACAACAUCAAGCGCGUCAUCGAAGCGCAGCCAGGCCCCGUCGUAGACUGGCCCUGCCCCAACACGACCACCCUCACAGACAACAAAUGCACCCUCGCCGAACUCUGCGGCAUGGGCAGCGGCGUCCCCGACCAAACCUCCGUCACAGACUUCAAAGACCGCAGCCACGAACCCAACCAAUGGUGGCGCUUCAUCACGCCCAUAUUCCUCCACGCUGGACUCAUUCACAUCGGCUUCAACAUGCUCCUCCAGUGGACACUAGGCCGCGACAUGGAAAAGGAAAUCGGUCCCCUUCGCUUCGCACUCGUAUACUUCUCCGCUGGUAUCUUCGGUUUCGUCCUAGGUGGCAACUACGCCCCCGACGGCAUUACCUCUGUCGGUGCAUCUGGAUCCCUUUUCGGCGUCCUCGCACUCACCAUGCUGGAUUUACUGUACAAUUGGUCUACACGCCGCAGCCCCGUCAAAGACCUCCUCUUCCUCCUCCUCGACAUGGCCAUCGCCUUCGUCAUCGGUCUACUCCCCGGUCUGGACAAUUUCUCCCACAUCGGCGGGUUCCUAAUGGGAAUCGUACUGGGUAUCUGUAUUAUCCACUCUCCCGAAUCGCUACGCGCACGCACGGGCCAGAGUGAACCCCCGUAUGCGACUGUAGAUACGGCUCCUCUAGCUCAUUCUGCAUCGCUCGGUGCGGACGGAGAUGAGGGCAGUAAACCAAAGACUAGCAAUAGCAAGAUCACGGCGUUUGCGAAGCAGCCCGUGGGCUUCUUCAAGGGGAGGAAGCCGCUCUGGUGGGCGUGGUGGCUUGUCCGUGCUGGGGGUUUGGUAGCGGUGUUUAUCGGAUUUAUCCUCCUGUUGCGGAACUUUUACGAGUGGAGGAAUACGUGUAGUUGGUCCUAUUACAACAAACGGAGUCUCGUGGUGCGACAUGGGAAGCCUCAAUCUUACGACGACGGACGCGCCGAGCAAGAGGAGUUUGAAUCCAAGUCAUUUGCCUAA